AUGGCAAGUGAUGAAAAGAAAAUGGUGUCAGCUAGUAAACCGGCCCUCUCCCCAAACAAUGAUGAUUUAAAUAGUAAUGUGCUCUCCAUGAUGUACAAAUUUUUCAAAAAGGUAUCGGUUGUUGGUGCGGUGUACCUCGUAGGUUAUUUGCAAUGGAGUGUUGCAUGGCUUAUUGGUCCCGUUAUAUUAUCUGUACUGCGUGACCAAUGGCGAAAGGAGAGUGAAUAUCGUCGAAACGUGGCCAAGGCUACCGCACAGUCCUCUGAAAAAGAUGUUGUUUUAGCCAGACUUGACGAUUUACCAGCAUGGGUAUUCUUCCCUGACGUUGAACGUGCUGAGUGGUUAAAUAGGAUCCUACUGCAAGUGUGGCCAAAUGUGAACCAGUUUGCUCGCAACAUUCUAAAGGAAUCUAUCGAGCCGGCGGUGGCCGAAAGCUUGGCAAAUUACAAACUGAAUGGAUUCAAGUUUGAACGCGUGAUUCUCGGUACCAUUGCCCCUCGCGUCGGUGGCGUCAAAGUCUAUGAUAAGAACCUUUCAAGAAGUGAAAUCAUCAUGGAUGUUGAUUUGUUUUACGCCGGCGAUUGCGACAUAUCCUUUGUGUUACAAAGAAUACGUGGGGGCAUUAAGGAUCUUCAGAUACAUGGCAUGGUGCGCGUCGUAAUGAAACCUCUUAUAACCAAGAUGCCUUUAGUGGGUGGCCUUCAGAUUUUUUUUUUAAACAAUCCCUCUAUAGACUUCAACUUGGUCGGUGCUGCUGAUAUUCUAGAUAUGCCUGGGUUCAGUGACAUUCUACGUCGUUGCAUCGUUGAACAGGUGGCAAAAAUGAUGGUACUUCCUAAUAAGUUACCCAUUAAGUUGAGUGACGAAAUACCUACAGUUGACCUCAGAAUGCCAGAGCCGGAGGGUGUACUUCGUAUUCAUCUCGUCCAAGCGCAGAAUCUCAUGAAGAAAGAUGUAUCGAUGCUUGGCAAGGGUAAGUCUGAUCCGUAUGCGAUCAUAACGGUAGGUGCACAACAAUGGAAGACCAAGCACAUCGACAACACCGUGAACCCUCGAUGGGACUACUGGUGUGAGGCGCGUAUAAUGCAAAUUCUGGGCCAAGUGUUGGAAAUCGAAGUGUUCGACAAGGACGAGGGCAAUGAUGACGACGAACUGGGCAAGUGUUCGUUAGACAUUUCUCAAGUAGUGCGUCUGGGUCGUUUGGAUAAGUGGCAAACUCUUCAGCAAGCCAAACAUGGCAAGGUGGAGUUGCGUCUUUCAUGGCACCGUUUGACUACUGAUCUAACGGAACUAAGCCGUGCAUUGACCGAGACAAUGUUGGUCAAAACCGGAGACCUUAGUAGCGCGGUACUCUCGGUUUACAUUGAUUCUUGUAAGAAGUUGCCGAAUGCUCGCCCUCAGUCGAGGCCCGACCCAUACCUGACCGUGACAGUGGGUAAAAAGACUGAGAACAGCGCUGUACAAAUGAGAACUGACGAUCCCGUGUAUGAGAUAGGAUACUCAUUCCUGGUGCAAAACCCUGAAAUUGAUAAUCUAGAGAUCAAGGUUUUGGACUCAAAAACCGGCAGUCAACUAGGUCAACUAGUUUAUGGGAUUUCUACUUUAUUAAAACAAAAGGAUUUGACUAUGAUAACUCAGCCCCUCAUGCUGCAGAAAUCCGGCCCCGAGUCGAAAAUAAUUUUGUCUCUAAAACUACGUAUUUUCAAAGAAGCUAUAAGAGAAGAAGAAUAUGAAGAGGAAGACAUUGAUCCAUCUUUACCUGAGGAACAGUCACCGCCCAUUUCUCCCACAGCGCCACCGCCGAUUUUGGAGACCAUUGAUGCAGCUGCUCCUAACCCAAUACCAUACCGAGCAGCUAAUCUAACUGAACCUGAGCUCAAAAACAUCAACGACGAAGAGCCAGAUACCAGUUCUCAAAAGUCUGUACCCGUUGAAACUAUCGAAAAGGCAGUUGACGUGCCUCAAGAGUAUUCGCCACCCGCUGAAAGGGAUUCCCCAAAACUUGUUCAUAGAACCUCAUCCCUGACAACAUCGUCGGGGGAAGCAGGAUUAGGACGGAUAUUGCUGUCAUUACGCUACAGUAUGCAGAACCAAACGCUUUAUGUUGUUGUGCAUAAAAUAAUGCAUAUACCCCUGAAGGACCCGAGCAAUGUACCUGAUCCAUAUGUGAAAUUGUACUUACUGCCGGGGCGCUCCAAGGACUCCAAACGUAAGACAGUGGUGGUGAAAGAUAGUUGCAUGCCCGAAUACGACGAGCAGUUUGAGUGGGUGAUCCCAUUAACGGAACUCCACUCGAGACACCUAGAAAUUACUGUCGCAACACACAAAGGUUUUCUUGGAGGCAGCCCUGUAAUUGGACAGGUUAUAGUUCAUCUGAACCAGUAUGAUUUCCGCGAAGCGAAAACGCUUUGGUUUGACCUGAUGCCUGAGACAACAACGCCUAGGGAUUAG